UGGUGCUGCAAACCUGAAACAGACGGAGCUUCCACACUCAGACACGCUCGGCCUGGACAACCGCUCAAUAACCACCGCCUGCUUGCUGACCACCCACGCACCUUCCGCACCUGCAACGGUGUCGUUGUUGCUGCUGCUGUCGUUGUCGCCGCGCUUGCUCCUGCUCUGCACAAGCGCCGGUCGUCAGCUGCAGCGCAGGUCGAAGGAAGCGCAUCGCAUCGCCAACAACCCCAGCUGGAGGCCAGCCCUCACUCGGUAACACACACGCACCUCAUCGCUCCGUCACAACGUCAACGACGACCACGCGCGCUCUGCUGGACGAGCACCUCCAUACCGGACGUCGACCAUGCGGAGGUGCUGACGACCCGACACCCCACACCUCUCUUCUUUCUUGGACGCCGUUUAUUCUUGGUCUUUGUUACACAAACGGGCAAGCAGCCACGCCGCUUGAUCUCUGUCCACCAUGACCGCGCUGGCCUCGCGAUCGCCCUACCCGGCACCACCGCUCACGAGCACCAUGGCUCCCGCCCAUUACCGCCCGACCCAGCUCAAUGGCCAUGGCGUCUUCACCUCGCCCACCGAGUCCGAGUUCUCCGAGUCGUACAAGGAUAUGGGCGGAAGCAAUGUCUUGCAGUGGGACGAGGAGCGCGUGGGCGAGUGGUUGAAGAGCAUCAAUUGCGCGCAAUACGUCGAAAUAUUCAAAAGAAACAAUAUCACGGGCGAGAACCUCAUGGAUCUGGACCAGGCCACCUUGAAGGAAAUGGGCAUCAAGAAGAUUGGGGAUCGCGUGCGGAUCAAUUCUCAUGCGAAGACGUUUAGGAACAAUGUAUACAAGCGGACCAGCAAGCGCAGCAUCAACAGGCAUUCCCUUGCCGUCCUCGAUGGCAACCAACAGCUAACACCGCCUUCUUCUGGAUCUCCACGACCUCUACACUCUGCGCGAAGUGCCGCUACAUCACGAGCCGACAAACGGAUAUCACGGCAAUUCAACAAUGCCGACCUCACAUAUGCUGCCAACCUGGGCAAAUCAUCCUCCCGCCCCAGUUCACCCAUGGUCGAUCAAGAGAACCGGGCCAGGCGAGGCGCUCCAAGCCCCAUGGACAUGUCUCGCAAGGACACUGGGUCGUCGUACGCUAGCAGCCAAGCACCACUCACCGCUCGCCAUUACACAGGUAACACGAGGACACCACUGGAAACGCCACAGACAGCACGCUUCCAAUCACACGUUAAGGGAUCACCUUCGAUGGACAACAUGCAACCUCGAUCAUUACCCAGCGAAAAGCCAUACAUCCGUGUCAUCUUCGAAAGCGGCCAAGGCAAGGUCAUCGAUAUCAAAACUUUCCGCACCGCAGAAGACAUCAUCCGUGCGACGUUGCGCGCUGGAAAAUUGAAUGAGAACCACUUUCGCUCGUAUUGCUUCUACGUGCUCGAUGGCACAGACCCGAACCCGAACUUUUGCAGAAGGCUAGGAGAGGCUGAGCUCUGCAAGCUGUGCAAUGACGGAGUGCGGACAGAGCGAGGGCGACUCAUCUUACGAAAGAUCCAUGCCGGCGAGCCAAAUGGAGAGCAACUCAGACACGCUGCUCGGAUAGCAGAACAGCAGCAACCGGAGCCUCCCGCCAUCGAAGUGCAGACUCCAUUCAAGUCGAAGAGUCAGCUGAAAAUUGAAAAGCUGACCGGAGAACCCCUGGCUGCAGUCAGCUACCCCAUGAGCCCUGCAAGCCAGGCAGAAAGGAAUGACUAUUUUGCGAGCAACAGUGAUUCCGGGACGAAUUCUAAUUUGCAGCGCAACCAAAGCACCAUGUCAACAGCGUCUGCUCGGGCGAGGAAGCUCAAAGGCUUCUAUGGUGCUCGGCCUCCAACAGAACUGAUCACGCAAGAUUUGCAAUCGUACUUUCCAGAAGUGGAUCGGGAAGCCAUGGACCGCACAGUACGAAUGUCAAUACGACGAAGUCAGCGACUGAGUCGUGCAGUACGCACCUUGAGCACAGCAAGCAACUUCAGCAUUGCGAGCAGUCUCAAGGAUGCGCCACCACUCCCCACCAUCGCCGAUACGUGGCUGAAGGAGGCAGGUCAAGCGCAAAAGUCAGGCCUGAGGCCACUAAGCGUGGUCCGCCUUGGUAGGUCAGAUUCACAUCGUGAGUCCGUCACCAGCAGCGUGCUCGAACCUCUUGACGAGGAGUCACCUCUGGAGCCCAAUCGCAAGAGUUAUGUCUCCUUCGGAGGGGAUAGUGGCUCAGAUACAGCCACGAGUAACCUUGCAGUGACUGAUCCUGAUGGCAAUACAGUCACAUCAUAUUUUGAUGAAAGUGGCAGCAGCCCAGCAGCGACAGAAGGCGGCUCAGACAGCUUCAACUCACGUCUGUCCCGAUUCAUCGCCGAGGAUGGCGAAGAGCCUGACGAAGAGCUCAUCGCACAUCUCGAAAAGGACAGUUGGGAUGACCUGAAGUACCUGAAAGGAGCCAUGAUCGGUCAAGGCUCUUUCGGCACUGUCUUCCUUGCUCUGCAUGCAGUCACUGCAGAAUUGAUGGCCGUGAAGCAGGUCGAGAUGCCCAGUAAAGUUGGAGGCACGACGGAUGCCAAGAAGAACAACAUGAUCGAAGCACUCAAGCAUGAGAUCACACUGUUGAAGGACCUCAAGCACGAGAACAUCGUGCGCUACCUCGGUUCGAACAGUGACGAGACUCACCUCAACAUUUUCCUCGAGUACGUCGCUGGUGGUUCUGUCGCCACCAUGCUUCAGAACUACGGAUCCUUGCCGGAGGGACUGGUGGCGAACUUUGUCAGACAAAUCUUGCAGGGCUUGAGCUAUCUGCACUCCAAGGACAUCAUUCACCGUGAUAUCAAAGGUGCUAACAUUCUUGUCGACAACAAGGGCACUGUCAAGAUCUCAGAUUUUGGUAUCAGCAAGCGUGUCGAGGCAUCAACGUUGCUCAACCCAGGCCCACACAAGCGUGGCGGACCACGAGUGUCGUUGCAGGGGUCCGUAUUCUGGAUGGCGCCCGAAGUGGUUCGUCAAACAGCAUACACAAAGAAAGCCGACAUCUGGUCUCUUGGAUGCCUCAUUGUGGAAAUGAUGACUGGUAGCCAUCCACAUCCCAACUGCACACAACUGCAAGCAAUUUUCAAGAUUGGCGCCAGUGGUGGCAAUGCAGAAAACGCGAAACCAGAUCUUCCUGACGACGCGAGCGAGGCGGCGAAGGAGUUUCUGGGACGCACAUUCGAACUCGAACACGAGAAAAGACCAAGCGCAGAAGAGCUAUCAAGUAUGGCGUUCUGCGCGAUCAAAGCCUGAGCUGGUUCAGAAGCCAGGCAGGGCCCUGGCAGCAACAAACAAACGAAGUAUAUGACGGAAUGGAAUCAAUGAUGGGCAUUAGAGGGGACACAGAAGGAAAAUUUUCACAGAAAGAGGCAUAGCAUACUGAGAAGACUACAACACCAACAACAACAACACAAACACAGCAGCGGCAUUUACGGGGAGGGAAGGAAACCCUUUGGGAGGACCACACUUCGACUCUUCGACCAAGACUGAUGACCCUCGAAAAGAGGGCAAGUCACCUUUUCUCUUUUCAUCACCACUAUGGGCUGGUAUCUGGAAACUUUUUUCCUUUUUAUGUUGCGGUGUCUUCGCAUGUGUGCGCAUGUGUAUGACCAGAUGGAGGAGACGUUAGGGGAUCGCGAGGGAGGAAACGAAGAAGUAGCUGCUAGCAGGCACUUCACCGACCAGUAAUGGUAAUUCGCGUGGAAUGGAACAGGAGCUACUGCUACCAAUCACUACUACUACAAAUGCAAAUGCAGCAUAUCUCCAUG